AUUGAAGCUCCGUGAGGCUAAACCCUUUUAGGUCAAAGCCAGUCCCCGCCGAGAAAAAGUCGCCAAAAAAACACCAUUUGUGAUUCAUUUGUGACUCAAAUUUGCCGACAUCGACGCACCAUGGUCCUCUAACUUUCUUCCUGGCUCUAGCACACUCCCUUGAAUAUGAAAAACCACGAGCCUCUUCGAUGAACCUUGAUUUUGCCUGAUAUCUCCGUCGCAUCUCCAAUAAUGGCCUCCGCGGGGUCCCAAGUGGCCGAGCUUGCCUCCAAGCUUUACGAUGCAUGCGUGAAUGAAUUUGACUCCGAUCACCUGUUCUAUCAGAACGACUUCCUCAAUCUCAAAGUGAUCCCAAAAAACGACGUCGCGCUACUGCUAGAAUGCACCCAGAGCCUCGUCAAUCAAAAUCUCUUUCGACUCCUCCAAAAAGAUGGAAAGCUCACAUGGAAGCUCAUUGACCGCGAGGAUGCCGAGAAGCUCCGCAACCUCACCCCGGACGAGGCCAUGGUCUACAAUGUCAUCCACUCCACAGAACGAACAGGUAUUUGGGUGCGGCACAUCGGAAACCGCACGAACCUGCACAAGUCGAUCCUUGACCGAUGCCUAAAAGCCCUCGAAGGGAAAAACUACAUCAAAUCCCUUCACAAUGUCAAAUACCCCAGCCGCAAGAUGUACAUGCUGGCCGGGCUUGCUCCGAGCGAAGAAGUAACCGGAGGAGCCUGGUUCACGGACGGCGUACUGGACGCCAACUUCAUCAACAGCGUCGCAGGCUACAUCGAGUACACCGUGAGCCGGAAGAGCUGGUUCGAAGUCCCCGCCUCAGACCGCAAGAACAAGCGCAUCAAGACCGCCUCUGGCAAGGCAGACGUCAAGUCCGAUGAGAAAACCUACCUCCCCUACCCCCACGGCUACGCAGGAUACCCGACCGUGGCGCAGAUUACCUCGGCCGUCAACGAGAGUGGCAUCACACCCGUCCGCCUGGGCGAAGAGAGCGUCGUGCAACUCCUCGAAAUGCUCUGCUACGACCACAAGCUCGUCGCAUUAAAUAACGGCGAGUUGUACAGAUCCCUCAAGAGCCCCGACGCCGUGAAAGCGACCCAGUCCCGCAAGGCACCCGUCGAUGGCGACGAUCUCUCCGUUGCAAACAAGCACCUCGUGAAGAACGGCAUGACGGAAGCCCCCUGCGGCCAGUGCCCAGUGUUCAAGCUGUGCGCGCCUGGCGGCGCAGUGAGCCCCGAGACCUGCGAGUACUUCGAUCCGUGGCUGAAUAGUGGGCUUGGGUUCUGAGUGGAUUGGCGAGCAAUGGCUUUUCCACAGACAUCUGAUUUCUGACUUUGGGCGCACUGUGUGCGCCCGUGUGCCAACAUGUUUUGCAUGGAAGAAACAAAAAAGGGGGAUAUGUGCAUAGCGAUGGCGUUUUCGACUUGAUUUGGUUAGGCUCCGGCUCACUGGUGACCCUGGGAAUAUUGGGCGCUGGAUGGGCACGGCUUGGACAUACGCUUGGCUCUAGCUGGGAAUGGAUACCUAGGG